AAACAGCUGGGCUCCCUGGGAGACAGAGCACCAUGGGAAACCGGCUCUGCUGCGGGGAAAGCUGGAGCUGCCCAUCAACUUUCCAGAGGAAAAAGAAAAUGGGGAGCCAAGCAAGAUGGACAUUAAAGCAGCAGCAGCAACAGAAUGGCACAAAGGGCCGUGACCCAACGAGACGUACGUAUGAGCAGGUGUUAAAGCAGCCUGUGUCUCAGGAGAGGAGUCAAGGCCUCAGGUCGGAGGAGAGCAGCUUACACUAUGCAGACAUUCAAGUGUGCAGCCUAACCCAGACACGCUCUGCCCAGGAGGUGAAGCACCUACAGCUAGAAAAUGCUACAGAGUAUGCGACCCUUUACUUCCCUCAGUCCACACCCCGCUAUGACAGCAAGAACGGGACCCUAGUAUGAGCCCUGGGAAGGAGGGACCUGUUUGCAUCAUUUCACCACCAUGGCUGUGGGGAGAAUCUACUGCUUUGGGGGACUGGCUAGCAGCCCAGGGAUGGCGGACACGUUUUAGGCUUAAAGAGCUACAGAGCCCCUGGAAUUGAGGGCCCCGGUCUUGCACUCUCCCUAAGCCUAUCUCUUAUUUGCCACCAUUAGCUUGGGAUUGUAUUUGGGUUACCUGGGGGUGGAUGGAGUUCUACACAAUGAAGGGGCUAGGCUGAGUGUGCAGGAAGGUAGGGUUUUGCCCCCUACCUUUGCUCCUGCUCUCUAGAAAACUGCAGAGAGAACAGGUUACCCUUGAAGCAUCUGCACUUGAGCUGAUUUUGUUGGAGUUAAUUUUUUUUUUUUUUUUUUGCUGUACACGGGCCUCUCACUGUUGUGGCCUCUCCCGUUGCGGAGCACAGGCCCCGGACGCGCAGGCUCAGCGGCCAUGGCUCACGGGCCCAGCCGCUCCGCGGCAUGUGGGAUCUUCCCGGACCGGGGCACGAACCCGUGUCCCCUGCAUCGGCAGGCGGACUCUCAACCACUGCGCCACCACGGAAGGCUCUGUUGGAGUUAAUUUGAUGGUAUCCCUUCU